AUGAUCAAUCAAUACUUUAAACAAACUAAAUAACCUGAAAUCUCAUUAAAACCUCUUAGAAAUGUUAGACCUUCUGGAUUUCUUAAUUCUUUUGAUCUUCUACCUUAAAACUAUUAUACUCCUCUUAAAAUUUCAGGAAAUAAAUUUACUAAAUAAAAUUACAACCUUUAACAAAAGCCUGCUUCUUUAGAUCCUAUCUAUGAAUAGGGCUUACCUAAAAUUGAAGAGAAACAUAACCCAUUUUAAAACAAUCAUAAUAGAACCUCAUAACAAUCUUCAGUGUAUACCUAAGUAUUAGUGAUGAAUUCUGAUUAAAAUAGAAGAAUUAAAACUGAAAUAGAUGAAUAAAAUGAAAAGAUUAAUAAGUUACUCAAAUAUAGAGAUAAAAGAGUUUAAAUAGUCCCAGUUUUAGAUCUCAUUAAUUAAGGGAAUAAAAUGGAACAUAUAACUUUAGAGUAAAAUGAACAGAUGCCCAAAAGAAAAAUUAAGAGAUAAUUAACUAAUGGAAGGCUUUUAAAAUUGGAUCCAUGA